UUCUGUCAACUGCUGUCAUGUAAACACUCCCGAAAUGCACUGAGGCAGAAGGCAGAAAGGAGUGGCUUAGGUGUCCAACAACUUUGUGGCUGGAUAAGUAAUGUUUAACUUCCCUUUGUCUUUUAUAAACUGAGGGAACAGGCAGGGCAGUUCAGCACUGUCAUGUUGUUUUGGUGGCAAUGCAGCGAGAAAAGUAAAAUGCAUUCCUGGCUUCUCUGGAGAACAAAGGUAUGUGCUAUGAAAAAGGGCCGCAUCCACAGCUAAAGGCAGUCAUUGACCAAAAUGAUUUUCCAGAUCUGCAGCUGAUCUGGACUUCAUCUUAAAAUGGCCAAACAGUCUCCAUUUAAGAGUUCCAUGGCCAUAAAUGAAACAAAGUUCAUCACCAGAAGCCAGCUAGACUCCUUAUUGAAAACAUAUAACUGUUACUUUAAGGAUCAAAAGAAUCUGCACAUAUCUUAUCACCAAGAUGAACAUGGAAAAAUCGUUAUUUUUGGACUAAUCGAAAUAUUUUGGGGAGUACAACGGCCAAUCAGAUUCCAGAUGCAAGAUGAAAAAUUUCCCUUUUCAGAAUGUAUCCAGCUGCCAGAAGUUAUUGGUUCAAGUAUAACUAAAAGUGGAAUGAUGCGCUGGGGUGAAUUUGAUGACCUUUACCACAUUAGUGAAUUAGAAGAGACUCAAGUGAGUUCAGAGGAAGAUACAGAGAGCAAUAAUGGCUUAACUUACAGUUAUGACAGCAGUACGCUUAGACCUAAACUCAAAGAAGACCCUCCGGAUUCCCCUUCACUGUACAGAACAAUGAGUGAUGCUGCACUGGUUAAGAAGAGGGUGAAACAAAACACUUCUAACAGAGAAAACCAGCAACACCGUUUUUCCAUAAAUGGACAUUUUUACAACUACAAGACAUCAAUUUUCACUCCAGCCUUUGGAUCUCAAACAAAAGUCAUGAUAGACAGUAAUAUGAAAACAGAAGAAGUGAUCAAACAGUUGCUACAUAAAUUUAAGGUUGAAACAAGUCCAAGUGAAUUUGCACUAUAUAUUAUUCAUGCUACAGGCGAAAAGAAGAAACUUAGAAAUUCAGAUUGUCCACUGUGGGAGAGACUUCUACAAGGUCCAUCAGGAAAAAUAGCAAGGAUGUUCCUCAUGGAUAGAGAAGCAGAAGAAAUAAACAGUGAUGUAGCACAAUAUAUAAAAUUUAGCCUUCCACUUCUAGAAUCAUUUUUGAAAAAAUUAAAUGAGGAAGAGGAACGAGAAAUUCAAAGAACUAUGGACAAGUUUUUAAAAGAAAAAGCAAUUUUACUUCAGUGCCUUAGAAGCAAGCACGUUAAAAUGACAGAAACUACUGUCUAAUCAUCCAUUACAUGUAUAAACAAGGCUCACAAGAUUCAAUGAAACUGAAUACUUUUGGAGAUCUUCUAAAUGUAUUGAGAUUAACCCAGAUGGAUUACAAAUAACACCUUUGCAAUCUUCUUUUGAGUGAUCCAAGGAACUUUAUGGAAAUAUACAGAAUGUACUAUUAGCACAAUUAGGCAUUUCAUGAAAAUCUAUGGGAAAUCCAUGUACUAUGGCAAAUAAUUUUGAUUUCUCUAUUAAAAAGAGAGAAGUUUUUGUGACUUGCCAAUGCUAUUUAAUGCAUUCAAUAAGAACUCCUGUUUCUAGUGUAAGGUUGCUACAGGAGUAUUUCUGAUGUUUUUUUCUGUUUGGAUAUAUUCCAGUUAUGAAGCAUUUCAGUUCUUUCAUUUAGGGUAUUUGAAUGUCAGUAACUGCAUAAACUUGCAUAAAGCACAUAAAAGACUGAAAACAGCAGCUGGGAUCAGUGAGAUGCUGCCAAGAGUUCUGUACACUAUUAUAAAACGUUGCAUUACAUAAUAUUGUGGUAACUUUGCACAUUGCCUUGUUUCCUUUUGUUUCACAUUCAAGUCAUUCAGAUGUAUUUAUUAAACUGUGAAGUUGUACCUGUCAGAAUAAUAAUAAAAAAAACUGUAUGUUCAGAAGAAAA